UAAACUUGCACCAGUGACAGCUUUGGGCACACGUGGAGCUGGUGUCCUGGCAGAGGUAUCAAAAGGGGCACCGGCCAGCAGCGUGACUCGGCCUCUGAUUGACUUCGAACCACAGAGAACAGACGAGACAGCGGCUGUUGACGAAAACCUCUGACUCCAGGUGGUGAACUUCCAUUAACCCACAUAGCUGAGAAUCCAGACGAUGCCACCACAACAACUGAAAAGCAGUUGGCUGCGGAAGCUUCUGGUCGUACUUUUGAAGCUCUGCCUCGCUUUUGCUGGUCCUCUGCAGCCGCUCAACAGGACUGAGUGCAAAGCCAAAGGCCCGGCUUCCUAUAUAGUGGUCUUUACAGGUCAUUGGAGCCCACAAGCCUUCCCGAAGCAGUACCCGCUGUUCCGGCCCCCUGCGCAGUGGUCCAAACUCAUGGCGGUGAGCCACAAUCGCCAUUUUCGGCUCUGGGAGGAGGGCGCAAAAGCCAACGAAGGGGUGCAGCACUUUGCUGAAGUUGGCGUGACGGUGGAGCUGAUGAAGUCAGCCAAGGAGGCGAGGAAGAGACGCUCAGUCGGCACCAUGUACCGGACGGCCGGCAUCCCGAACGGAAUCGGGCACAGCUCCACUGAGCUGCUCAUGCUGCCCAGGAACUCUCUGCUGUCUCUGAUGGUGAAGAUUAUCCCCAGCCCCGACUGGUUCGUCGGUGUGGACAGCUUAAACCUUUGCGAGGGCAGCCACUGGAAACAGGACGUGACCAUUGACCUGCAACCUUAUGACGCCGGGACAGACAGCGGGUUCACUUUCUCCUCCCCCAACUUUCCCACCAGCCCCCCAGAAAACAUCUCAAAGAUCACCUCUCAGAUGCCAAACCACCCCGCCAACUCCUUCUACUAUCCACGACUAAAGGAACUUCCCCCCAUUGCCAGCAUCAAGAUCACACGGCAGAGCAGAUCUCAUCACCGCCAUGUCCCCAUGUCCAAUCAUAUCCUCCCAAACUCCAUCAGCCCGCAGAGGUUCUCAGUGACACCGCUGGACUGCGAAGUGUCUCUCUGGUCCUCCUGGGGCUUGUGUCUGGGCCCCUGUUCCAAAGGCGGCAUCCGCCACCGCACACGCUACAUCCUUCUACGGCCGGCCAAUACCGGCGACCCGUGCCCCGAGCUGGAGGAGCAAGCUGAGUGCGUCCCGCACAGCUGCAUGAAGCUCCAGUAACCCACAAAGCACGGGUGCUGCCAGUAAAUUCAACACUGGGACUCAUCUUCGUACUGCUGGACUGAAAAACCUUCUUGCGUUAUUCGCUCAAUAACGCAAAAGAUUUUCCUCCCUAUCAAGACUGCAUUUAUCGUGUUGCCUAUUAGUUUUAGUGUCUGACUUCUUUGAUGGAAAGUGUAGUAUAUUGUUGGACCAAUUGGGGGUGGGGCGUGGGGACACAUUUCUGUGUUCAGGUGGGCAAAAGUUAAAUGAAUUCAAAUGUCAUCUGUGUUGUGAGUUUAGUGCAUGCAACAAAUGUAACAUUCACACACACCAAAUUAAUUUCACCAACUUUUAGGCACAGAAGCAUUAUUUUAUAUAACCUUAUACUGUAUCUGCAGCUCUUUGCAAAAUAACCUCACAGUGAAUAGAAAAUAUUUUUCAGGCUGACAAGAAUGGUGGCUUGAAACAGGAAAGGAGCUGGUUUUAUAACAAGAUGCUUUUUUUUUAAAAAAAGAUAUUUGUAUUAUAUUUUGCUAUUUUAAUGAAGUUUUGUAUAUACUGUAUUGUAACUUGUACUUACUCGUGAAUAAACACGUUUUUUU